ACUGAUGCAUUGUCACUAUAGUAAUGUUAAUGUUCAAAGAACGUAUUAUUCCCAUAAGGUAUCUGUACAUAGUGCGUUGAUCCUGUUGUGGUACAACUUUACAUUUUUGGUAGAAUGUCCCCUUGUUGCUAACAUGUGAAUAUGGCACCCAGAUGGCUUCCAGGUUUGGCCAGAGGAGAGUUACAAGAUGCCCGGAGUACUCAGAUUCUUAUCUCGUUAGGGAUCAAAGCCCUAGCCCUCUGAAUGAGCUCUCUCACUGCGCCUCCUGGUGGGCUGACAGGGAGGAGCACAAAGCGCAAGAAGACUCACUCAGGGAGCAUCUAAAAGAAAUGGAUAACCACGUGGCCAGGCUUCAGGACAUGCUGAGAUGUGAACGGGCCAAAUGCUCUCGCCUGCAGUUGCGGAGUAACCAGCAAGAGGCUGAGCUCAAGCGUCGCGAGCAGCAGAGUAACCGGCUGAAGGAGCGACUGUCACAGCUGACUGACCGACACAGAGAAAAAGGACCCUCCAUAGAGGUGUUGAACCUUCCGCCUGGAGGUCGAGGCAAAAGAGAACAGCCGAUCAAACCGCUCAGAUCUACUGCAAAACGAGAGGAGGCGACACUACGUCUGAUGCUGGAGCGCAGAGAAGCAGAGCUCCGAGAGGCGAUGAAGCUGCGCCACAGCCUCACCACUUUACUCCACGCGCUCAGAGUCGACAUGAAGCAGACUCUGUCGGAUGUGGUCGAUGUCCGUGGUGAGGCACAAACUGAAGAGAAGAGGCUGGAUGAAGCCGAGGUAGCGCUUGGUGACCAUGUAACAGGAGGUGUGGUUCAGAGCUGGAGGCAGGUGCAGCGGAGAAUGGGUGACAUCUUAUCUGAAGGCCGCACUGGUGUUGGUACUGACCACGACAAGCUCCUGGCUCAACUUGAAACUGACCUGAAGGAGAGUCAGCAGCUUGUCCGAUUGCAGCAGCAACUGCUGCAGGACAGCCUUACCUCACCUGUCCCCAUUGAACUGGCUGAUUCUUACUUUCUGGAAGAGUGGGAACGUCUUCAGGUGCGCUGGGCAGAACUUGAGCAUCAGAAGCGGACUUUUGAAAGGGAGAGGCAGUCCUUCACCGAUGCUGCCAUCCGGCUAAGCCACGAGCGCCGUGAUUUUGAGCGUCAGAAGUCCUCUCUCCUGAAGCAGCAGUAUCUGUGUGACUCGCCUCUGUUUGGUAAAGGAGCACCGACAAGCAACAACAGAAGAGAUAGCACUUCUCUCAAUUUCUCAGGUCUGGGGCCCACCAGCAUAUCUGGCUGUCUUCCCAUAACUCCAUCUUCCACCAAGUCGGAGGCAGCUGCUGUUUCUGGAUUACAUCAAGGAAGAGUCAGCGUUCAAACCCCGAGCACUCCUGAGCUCUACUCUGCUCUCAAUCUGUCAUACAACUGCAGCUUACUUGGAUUUUAUGUUCUGCCCAUUACCCCUGCCUGCCCGCCCACCCACCAGAGAAGUCGAGCCCCAGUCAGAGACAUGGGAUAGCCGAGCAGACGGGAUGGUGGACACAUCACAGGCUCCACACUUAGACUGGUCAUUUUAAUACAAUUUGGAUUGUGGUGAUUAAACUAUGUACCUUAUUUUGAAGUAAUCAAUAAAGAUGGAUUAUAUUUUUA